ACAACACACAGCCUCACUCACAACACCACAAUGCCUGCUGACUAUAACGGGAGAUGGGAGAUGGUGAGCAAUGAGAAAUUUGAUGAAGUCAUGAAGGCUAUGGACAUAGACUUUGCCACACGCAAGAUCGCCGCGCACCUUACACAGACAAAGGUUAUUGUGCAAAAUGGAGAUAAAUUUGAGACCAAAACUCUCAGCACAUUCAGAAAUUACGAGGUGAACUUCACUGUUGGAGAGGAGUUUGAGGAGCACACUAAAGGCCUGGACAACAGAGUGGUAACGGCACUUGUCACCUGGGACGGAGAUAAACUUGUGUGUGUGCAAAAAGGGGAGAAGGAGAAUCGAGGCUGGAAGCAUUGGAUCGAGGGAGACCUGCUGCAUCUGGAGAUCACCUGCCAAGACAAAGUCUGCCACCAGGUCUUUAAGAAGAAGCAGUAGCAUGCUGAUGUAGCAGUUCUCCUGUGUGUCACCUUUUAAUGCUCAUGUGUGCAUUUAAUUUUGUUGUACAUAUGUACUUAUGCAAUGGGAUUCUAAUAAAGACAUUUUAGUGUUUUAA